AUGUCUACUUCGUUCGAGAUGUAUCUGAGAAUAAAACCGAUGUCAACGGAAACGAAAGAAGGGGAAAGCAUUUAUCAGAUACUCAAUCCGUCGACUCUUCUAACGAAACUUCCAUCAUUCGAAAGUAAUGUUCGAAAUUCAUCGAGCAAGGACACCGUCAACAGGCACGUUUUCACGAAGAUCUUCGGAUCAGAAACUUCACAGGCGGAAAUGUUCGAGCAAUCCAUAAAACAUCGGGUUGGGGAGUUCCUCAAUGGUAAAAGUUCGACCAUUAUGACUUACGGUACAAGAGAUUCCGGGAAAACUUAUACGCUGUUCGGCACGUCCACGUCACCCGGUAUAAUAAUGCGUAGCAUUCAGCUCGUGUUUUCAAAGAAAAGAUGUUGCCUUUUAACGCCGAAGUUCAAGUGUCAAGAUAGUUUUUAUCGGAAUACAUGUAGACCAUAUUAUAGAGAGAGGAAAACAUUUCGAUCGAGUUCGGAGAUAAUUAUACAGCAGAUGUCAACAGAAGAAGCCACGAAAUUUUUGGAGAACUCGCAGCCGGAGAAUCUUUGUGAUGGAUGCAAAAAGUGCGAAAAUUUGGCAUUGAACAAGGUGUGGUUAUCCUUUGUGGAAAUUUAUAACGGACAAAUUUACGAUCUGUUGGAUGAAAUGGACUCACCAUUGAGAUUAGUCACGGACGAAAAAGGCAAAACUUAUAUUGUUAGUUCGCAGAUGUAUGUCAGAACUGCGUUGGAAGCUUGUCAGAUUUUCUUGACGGGCCAAUCGAGAAUGAGAACAACUGCGACGUCAUCGAAUCCAAGACGCUCUCGAUCGCAUAUUAUUUUUAAAAUAAAUCUAAUGACAGAUAUUGAUUCAAGCAAAAAGAUAUUUAGUACUCUUACUUUCUGUGAUUUGGCCGGCUUUACGCAAUUUGAAACGUAUCAGAAAAAUUCAGAUUUGCACGAAGCUAGCUUUAUCAAUAAUAGCUUGUUGGUACUUGGCAGAUGCUUUAAAGCUGUGAGUGAAAAUAAGGUGGCUCCCUUUCACGAAUCAAAAUUAACGAGAAUAUUCCAAUCUGCUCUUUCCGGUCAACAAAAUCUGACUUUUAUAGUAAAUGUCUCUUUUACUCCGAAUUUGUAUAUUGAAAUGCAAAAUAUUUUUGAUUUCUGUGACGUAGCUAGAAAGUUAAUAUUGAUUGAUACAUACAAAAAAUAUAAAGAUUGGUAUGAUUGUGAAGUAACCGAUUCAAAAACAUAUAAUAAUAAUGAUAUUUCAACAUUAUUAAUUCGUUCAUGGUCUGAACACGAGGAGAAGAUUAACUACACCGCUUGGGAAGCGUAUAAAAAUAUACAAGAACAAAAUAAAAAGUUAAUGAAAGAAUUGGAAACUACAAAAAAUGAUAUUAUGAAUCGCGAAUACGCCAUUCGAAAGCUGACCUUCGAGUUAGCUGACCAUUAUUCACGCAUGAUUGAAGAGAUGAAGGCAACCUAUAAGAAACACACCCAGGAGAUCGAAACUGGUGAUUACAUCGAGGACAGUCACGCGCUUUAUGAAGAACUCGCGACUGAAAAUGCGCAAGUUACUUCCGAGAUGACGCUUUUGAAAGAAACGAUGAAGAAACUGAAAGAUGAGAAUAAAACGAUUCUCUGCAAAAAGAACAAGUGCAGCUUCGAAUUGGCGUUAAUAACAAAAGAAUUGAUAAAGUUCCGACAGCUCAUGCAACUUAGGAUUCGUAAAUGGAAUAGCAAUAUUGAAAACGAUCCCGAUCAUCUUGUAAACAACCUGGAACGCUUGUAUAAAGAGAUAAAAAUGACCGAGACGAAGCUUAAAGAGAUUAACGAAUAUAUUUGCGCGACGCAGAACGAAAAUAUUGAAGCCGCUUCCAAAGCUGUAAUAAUGAAUCAAGAAUUAUCAAAAUCGGAGGAUCUCUCGAACGAUACCUCGAGUAAGAUUAAAGAAUUGGAGGAGAAACUUUUGCGCCAAGAAAUUGAUAUCGUAACGCUGACAGAUCGUAUGCAGAUGCAAGAAAAACAGUUUGCUGAAACUCAACAGUAUUUGAAUGAUAUGAAGAAUCAAAAAUGCAAAUCUGAUCGAUCGACAAACAUCUCAUUUCAUGAUUAUGCAAUCGAUAGAUUUUUGGAGCAUGAUAACGUACUUGCUUCUUCUGCAGAGAAAAAUUCUCUUCAGACGCAUAUGAGUUCAUCUACUAAAAACAAAAGCAAUUUUGACAAUUGGAUUGUCGUUCCAAAAUUAUUUGCAACUUCAACGCGUGCAGAAUCAGCGGAAAAGAAAUUAUCGAACAUUUCUGACACCGAUCACGGAAGCUUCUGCGAAAAUAGCGAUAGUAUAGAUUGCAAUAUUUCAAAAUCGAGCGAUAGCAGCAACAAAGAUGAUUCAGGUGUGAGCAGCGAACAAAACGGAAGUGGAAGAUCUAUCAGCUGCAGCACAGAUUCGAAGAAACAAGAAGAGACAUUACAUAUUACCGAAUUAUCUAAAAAUUUAGAAACCAUCAGAGAUGUGAUUUACACCUUAAAUGAAGCAGCUUGUGUAAACGAGCGCAAGAUUGUUCAGCAUGAAUGUCAAUUACUGCAUGAAAAAGAAGUACAAAUACGAUCGAACGAAGAGAAGCAAGAAAUUGCAAUCAAAUGCGAUGUUUUGUCCGAGAUAACAGAGGAUAAGAUGCAAGAGUAUAAUAAGGGCAAAAUUAAUGAACUGACUCGCAAAUUGAAAAUUAACAAUCAAGAUCAAAUUGACAGUCAAGACGACAUAAUUCGUUUGAAGAUGCAACUAGAAGAUAAAGAUUUAGAAAUAUCUCUUGAAAUAACAUUAUCCGAGAUCGAUGCUUUACCUGAAUUUAAACCAACUGAGGAUCAAGAUACGUCAAGACAGUCGAUAGAAUCUUUAAAAGUCGAUGAAACCGCUGAAAUCGAUGAUUGCAGUUUAACGGAUAGUAUCUGCUUAGUACCUAAAUAUGUUAAUUCAGGAGAAUUAGAUAUAUCAUCAGUUCUAAGUAAAGAUUCCACGGCUUCUUUCAAUGAAAAAGAUGAAGGCAAUAGCAGUGUAAUAUCAGAUGUAUUUGGAUGCAAAGCUGAUAGUUCUGAAACGGAAGUUAAUUUCAGUAUAAGAUCGCCAAAUACCAAAGACAAGAAAAAGAUGUUAGAAUAG